AUGGAGGAGGCUGGGAUGUGGAAUAUGGAGUCCAGUGCUGAUGUUUAUGUGGAAAGUGAUGAAGUCCAGUCCAUAGAAGAAGAACAAUUUGAGUCAGACACGGAUGGCACUAAUGUAUCCAUCCAGGGUGAUAGGGCAAGUUGCUUAAAUUUCAAGGGGAAGCCAUAUGAAGAUCUUGAGGCUGCAGACAUGAUAGGUGUGGAGUUUGGAUCUGUUAAUGAAGUGGACUCAUUCUAUUCAUUUUAUUCUCUUGCCAUGGGUUUUAGCUUCAGAAAGCAAAAGUUGGACAAAGAGGCUGGUACCGUAGUACGAAGGCAGCUGGUUUGUAGUAAGGAAGGGAUUAGAAAAAAAAAAAGUCGUUUGGAAGAGCAGAUUUCGGCUUCCUGUCUCCCUACUUCACGGAAGCGACCCUCGAAAGCAUCAUUUAUGCAGUCAGUUGGCAUAUGUGGGAAGGGAAAAGCGCCGAUUGGUGAUGGGAUGCAAGCUCAUGAUAACUGGGCAGGCCAUGGCAACAACAUAAAUGGCCCACGAUCCCACCGAAUUACAAGAAGACAUUGCUCUGCCCGUUUAACUGUCCGUUUAUGCAAGAAAACCGGUAAAUUCCGAGUUGUUGAAUUUAUAACACAACAUAAUCAUGCCCUUGCUCCAACGGAACUGAAAUCCUUCCUCAGAUCUCAUCGAAACGUUUCAGACCAUGCUCUGGCUCAAGUUACUUCUCUUAGGAAGGUGUCAGUCACCACUUCCCGUGCAUAUGAGUUGUUGGUUCAUCAAGCUGGCGGGCAUGAGUUUGUAGGUUUCACUAUGAAAGAUUUGCAAAACAAAGUUGAUGAGGCACGUAAGGAAAUGUACAUUGAUGGGGAUGGACAGGCUACUAUUAGUUUCAUGAAUUUGAAGGCUUCAAAGGACCCCGGUUUCUACUGCUUGUUUAGUGUUGAUGUGGAGGGUAAGCUUUGUAAUAUGUUCUGGAGAGACACAGUAUCAAUGCUUGAUUACAAUAGUUUUGGUGAUGUGCUUAUUCUAGAUAGCACAUACAAGACCAACAUAUACGGGAAACCGUUGGCUGUUUUUGUUGGUGUGAACAACCACAGGGCCACAGUUUUAUUUGGAUGUGCAUUGCUUGUUGAUGAGACGGAGGACACUUACAAUUGGGUCCUAACAGCAUUCUUAGAUUCAAUGAAUGGAAAAAGACCAAUAUCUGUUAUCACUGAUGGGGACGAGGCAAUGCGAAAUGCAGUGAACCGGCUAGUACCUGAAGCCCGGCAUCGAUUGUGUGCAUGGCACAUUGCAAAGAAUGUUGUUAAGAAUGUGGGGAACGUGGAUGUCCAGAGAGACUUUUGUCACUUAAUUUUUGCUGGACUGAGUGUGGAAGAUUGGGAAAAAUCAUGGCAUUACAUGGUGGCACUACAUGGCCUACAAGACAAUCGUUGGCUCUCUUCAAUGUACAGCAAGCGGGAUAGAUGGGCGGAGGCAUUUUUCCGGAGCCACUUUUUUGGUGGUAUAUGCACCACCCAAAGAUGUGAGGCAAUGCAUCGAAACAUCAAAACCGGAGUCGGCAAGUUCAUGAGACUAUGUGAGUUUUUGCCUAGGAUGGACAAGACACUUGCACGGAUGAGGUACAAUCAUUUGUAUGAUGAUUUCAAAUCAAUGAACUCGGAUCCUAUAAUUGGUAGCCACAUGCGGUGUAUGCAAGAGCAGGUUGGGGCGAAGUUCACACAUGAUAUUUUCCUCCUUAUCAAGGACCAGAUUAUGUUUGAGUCAAAGUUUGUUGUGGCUGAUCAUUUGGAUUAUCAUAAUGGAUCAUCUACUUUAUUCUUGGUGACACAAUAUGGGAAAGCAGAAAGAACAUGGCAUGUUACCUACCUACAUGGACGCCAAUGCAUUUCGUUUAAGUGUUCAUGUCAACUUUUUGAGUCCGAUGGAAUCCCUUGCUGCCACAUCUUCACCGUCAUGAAAACCAAACUGCUCACCAAAUUUCCCGAUACCUUGGUGACCCAUAGGUGGACAAAGGAGGCAUCUCCAAAAAAGACCCAUUUGAUAAGAAGAAGCGGUAACAUUUCAUCAGUUGACAUCCAGCUUGCAAGAUAUGGACAGAUGAUGUCUGAUUGUUCGCGCAUAUGUCACUUGGCCUCCUUUUCAGAUGAUGCUUAUGAAGAAACUUUUGAAGCCUUUAGUAGGUUGAUGGUUAGAUCACAAAAUUGGCACGUUGCUCAGCAUGACACAAGUGUUCCAAUUGAUGGUCUCCAUCCAAAUGUCAUUCGCGAUCCUGCACCAUGUCGUACAAAGGGGGCUCAAACGAGGACAGCUAACAUUCCUAAUGAUGUGGAAGAGCCAUCUGCUAGGGGAUGUGGAUUUUGUACUAGACCUGGUCACAACAUCCGGACAUGCCCUCUCAGAAAAGAAGCUGAUGUCAACUGUGAUGCACAUAAUGCUACGAAUCAUGCUGCUAAUUCAAAUGUUGCUGAACAUGAAAGGGGAGGUCAUAGUUCGGUUUAUGCCUCCCCAGGCCCCAUUGGAUCAGUUGGUGUAGGCCACUCUGCAUCUGCUCUCCGAAGUAAUCGAUCUGCCUUCGCACCGAGCUUCCAAAAUGAUGAGGAGUCAGCCUUCCUUCCUCCAUCAAGCAUCCAACACAUGAUCCAUCAUGUUGAAGAGGCAAGAACAUUUGAUUUCUUUUCCGGCCAUGACAACAUAUUGUCUUUUGUGUUAGGUGGAAAUGGAAACCUUCGUAUGGAAGAUCAAUCUAUCUCUUCUAACCAACCAGGUCCAUCACACAAUACUGGGGGGCCAAACCCUUUUGUUCAUCAAUGGUUUCAUUGA